AUGCUGAGCCUUACCAUUGGCGUCCUCGCCCUCCAGGGCGGCUUCUCUGAGCAUGUAGACCUUGUCCACAAGGCCGCCGAGUACCUUUCGUCUACCGACGGCAUUUCAAAGACAAAGUUCAACUGCAUCGAGGUCCGCACUGAAGAGCAGCUCGCCCAGUGCAAUGGACUCAUCAUCCCCGGCGGCGAGAGCACCACAAUCUCAUUUGUCGCCGCCCAGUCUGGUCUCCUCGAGCCCUUGAGACACUUUGUCAAAGUUCAAAAACGGCCUGUUUGGGGAACUUGCGCUGGCCUCAUCCUCCUCUCUGAUGAAGCCAACGCCACCAAAAAAGGCGGCCAGGAACUCAUCGGUGGCCUCGCCGUGCGCGUCCACCGCAACCACUUUGGUCGUCAGAUUGAGAGCUUCGAGUCCGGCCUUGACCUUCCCUUCCUCCAAGAUGGCGAGCCUUUCCCCGGAGUCUUUAUCCGCGCGCCCGUCGUGGAGGAGAUCAUUAGCACCUCCCAGGAUGAGAGGCCGCCCGUACAAGUCCUCGCUAAGCUGCCCGGUCGGGUGGACAAGAUGAAGCCCGGCCUGUCGCAGGCAAAUACCAAGGAUGACUCUGGUGAUAUUAUUGCUGUGAGGCAAGGUAAUGUGCUAGGAACGAGCUUCCACCCAGAGUUGACAAAGGAUGCGCGGAUACACGUCUGGUGGCUGCGCGAGAUUCUUCACCAGAAGUAA